AUGAGUGAUAUGCUUAUAACCUAUUACAUGGAACAGUUUAAAAGUUAUCGUGAUCGGUAUUCAAGGGUUAGUAGAUUUGUUCCAAAUUAUACCGGAAGCCAAAUAUGUUGUCGAUGGAAAAAUUAUCUUGAUCCGCGUCUAUGUAAAAGUCCGUUGACAGAUGAAGAAAAAGAUUUUAUCGUUAGUCGAGCUCAUGUAUAUAAAGCAUCUGACACUAUACUUUGGAAAUGUAUAAUCCAUGAUUUAGAAAAAGAAUUCGGUAGGACACAUUCUGAGAAUAAGGUUAGGAAUUUUUGGCAUCCAAAUAAAAGAUAUUAUAUAAAUAAAUAUGUUAAAAUUGUUGAACAAAAUAAAGAAGGUAAAGAAGCCUUAAAAAAUAAUGGAAUUGAAAAGUUAACCGUAUUAGAACCUCGUAUAGAACAUAAAUUUAGAGAAGCGUAUAGAAUGAGACCUUAUUAA